CCAUGUCGAAACGAAGGGGGGAGAGAGAAAAGAUCGGAUGGGGAGGAAGGAUCAGAUUUGAGCAACCACCAGGCACAGCACAGCACAGCACACCAGCGAGACGAUACGAGACGAGACGAGACCAGACCAACCCCCGUUGCUGCAACUUCCCUUCCCAUUCAUAAAUCUUGAAAUUUUAUUUCAAGAAUUCCUUCUUUGACUAGGCUACUAGCCUCAUUAGAUCUCGCCAUCACCUUUUGGAGAGAUUUCAGCAAUAAAUCUGUAUCCCCCCUUUUGUUUUUCGAUAAUUUCUUUUCCAUCUUUUCGGUAUUCCGAAAAUAGCCCCUUUUUUUCUUUAAUGAACCUAAGACUCGGUACAGGGUAACAUCAUUACCCAGCAAUCCCCAGCAUCGCAACCCAACAACACACCCCACCUUUUAUAUGUUCCUCUGUCUUUAUUCCAAUCACCAUUGCUAACCCUCUAGUGCUCGAUUGAGGGGUAUAUCGCACGAUUAGAGGGGCUGCAGCAGGUACACAACACAGACAGACACAUAGCCUACGAGACAAACAACAACAUCAUCAACAAUGGCAAAUGGUGGUGGUCUUCGUGCAACACACCCCCACCCAUCUUCCCUUCCCUAGAGAAGAUACCUGGCUUUGUGCAAUGAGUUGACUGGCGUUUCAGCUGUUCUUAAGAAUUUUUCUUCCUCUUCUUGUAUAUGUGGAUGAUGGCGUUGGCACAUCCUCAGGGAAAUGUUCAAUGAUUUUGAACAGCAUCCUUUAGCCUCGAAAAUUAUUGUCUUUCCUGUUUUCUGGAAGCUGCCCUACUUAAGCGACCUGUGGGUUGAUAGCUUUCAAGUGUUACACUACAUUCGUUGUGGAUUAUGGAGUGGCUCUCUCGUACAAAACAAUAUGCUGGAAAAACAGAUUGCUCUCAACAGAUUUCAGAGACAAAUGCUGUCCAUGAUGGAGAAUCUGUACACCUUGAAUCUGAGAAACGAGUUCAAACUUCAGAUAGCAGAGUAGAUACUGUAUUCUUUACUGUGGAUGGGAAAGGAAAUGAUGUACAAGUUGACGGUGAAGAAGCAGUCCACCAUACACGUGAUCUUGAGGACCAGUUGGGUGGAGCUUCACAUUCUGAUUGCUCAAUGGAUGACCCAAAAGCAUCUAGUGGUUCUCUUGAUUUUGAAGAAAGUAACAUAAAUGAACAGACCUAUUGCACCGAAUCUUUAUUGGCAUCUGAGAAUUCUCAAAUAAUCGUGGAUACUAUUGAAAGUGAACUGCCAAGCAAUAACAGGGAUGGAGAAUCAUCAGUUUCUGAGCCUAAGUGGCUAGAGGGAGAUGAAUCUUUAGCAUUAUGGGUGAAGUGGAGAGGUAAGUGGCAGGCAGGGAUAAAAUGCGAAAGGGCUGACUGGCCAUUAUCAACUUUGAAAGCAAAGCCAACUCAUGAGAGGAAGAAGUACUUUGUCAUAUUUUUCCCACACACAAGAAAUUAUUCAUGGGCAGAUAUGCUUCUCGUUCGUCCUAUUUAUGAAUUUCCAGAGCCCAUUGCUCAUAGGACACAUAAAGCUGGAAUAAAAACAGUCAAAGAUUUGACAGUUGCACGCCGUUUUAUAAUGCGGAAGCUAGCUGUUGGCAUGUUAAAUAUUGUCGAUCAGUUGCACCUACAGGCCUUGAUAGAGGCUGCAAGGGAUGUACUUGUCUGGAAGGAGUUUGCUACGGAAGCAUCUCAUUGCACUGGCUAUACCGAUCUUGGAAGGAUGCUCUUGAAGCUGCACACUAUGAUAUUGCAGCGCUACAUAAGUUCUGAAUGGCUACAGCAAGCAUUUACUAGUUGGGAACAGAGGUGUCAGAAGGCAGACAGCGCUGAAACUAUUGAAUUGUUGACGGAGGAAUUGUUUGAUUCUGUCUUGUGGAAGGAGGUAAACUCCUUGGAGGCUCCAAUGCAGCCCCUGCUGAAUUCUCAGUGGAGAACCUGGAAGCAUGAUGUUACGAAAUUGUUCUCAACGUCUCAUCCUGAAUUUACUGGUGCAAACAUUGACAGCCGAGAGAAUGGUGAUCCCAUAGUCCCCAAUCUCCAGAUGAAUAGGAAGAGGCCCAAACUUGAAGUUCGUCGUGCAGAUGUGCAUACUUCUCAGAUAGAAAGCAAAGGAUCUGAUGAGGCUGCAACUGUUGAGAUUGAUUCUGAAUUUUUCAACUCUCGAGACACUGUAAAUGGUUCUGCUUUAAUGUCUGAACCUCGUCAGCAUGAACCUCCAGGUAUAGGUGGCGAAGCGAUGGCUUCACCAGGUAGUGUGGCUGAAUGGGACAAAAUUGUUGUGGAGGGAAAACAUGGUGACUCAAUCCAAGCCAACAAUAUUGGAUUGAAUCUUGCAAAACCUGUGGAAACGACACCUGUAAACGAAACGGUCAGUAAAAAGGCCUUAUUUACUGGUGGUAAGAGUCGGCAGUGUGUAGCUUUUAUUGAAUCCAAAGGAAGGCAAUGCGUUAGGUCAGCCAACGAAGGUGAUGUUUACUGCUGUGUGCAUUUGGCCUCUCGGUUUUUGGGAAGUUCCACUAGAGCAGAAAGGACGCCUCCUGCUGAAACACCGCCCUGUCAAGGCACCACAGUAUUAGGCACAAAAUGCAAGCACCGUUCUCUUCCGGGCUCCACAUUCUGUAAGAAGCACAGGCCUCAAACUGACCAUACUAAAAGCUCAGUUGUGUCAGAAAAUUCACACAAGAGAAAGCAUGAAGAGAGUAUCUGGAGGUCAGAAAAUGUGCAUUCUAAAGGUGUGGAAGCAGGGAGAGUUCAAAGUCUGGUCCGAGCUGAUCCUGUCACAGUUUCACUGUCAACAGUUAAAGGCUUUGGUGAGAUGCCAGAGCAUUCUGGUAGAAAUUUAAAUGGCAUGGAGGUGGCCCCCCACUGUAUUGGCUUGUUAUCGCCUGAUAAGACUGAGCAAUGCAUGGAUAAUCCAAGUCGUUAUUCGUUGUACUGUGACAAGCACCUUCCGAGCUGGCUUAAACGAGCGAGGAAUGGUAAGAGUAGGAUAAUUUCAAAAGAAGUGUUUUUAGAGCUUUUAGAAGAUUGCUCCUCUGAGGAACAAAAGAUCCAUUUACAUCAGGCGUGUGAGCUAUUCUUUAGGCUGUUUAAAAGCAUUUUGUCUCUUCGGAACCCAGUUCCCAUGGAAGUGCAGCUCCAGUGGGCCCUAUCUGAAGCUUCCAAAGAUCUUCGUGUCGGGGAAUUUCUCAUGAAGUUGGUCUGCUCUGAAAAAGAAAGACUAACGAGAAUUUGGGGCUGUGGUGCCACUGAAGAUGGACAAGAUAUUCUGCCGGAAAUGGAAGAAGAGGCUAUGUUACCGUUGACAGAUGAUGGUAGCAACAACGACGAAAAGGUGAUCAAGUGCAAGAUUUGCUCGGAAGAAUUUGUCAGUGAUCAAGUCCUUGGUAGCCAUUGGAUGGACAGACAUAAGAAGGAAGCACAGUGGCUGUUUAGAGGCUAUGCUUGUGCCAUUUGCCUUGAUUCUUAUACCAACAAGAAGGUUUUAGAAACACAUGUGCAGGAGAGACACCAUGUGCAAUUUGUGGAGCAGUGCAAACUUCUUCAGUGUAUUCCUUGUGGAAGCCAUUUUGGAAACGUGGAAGAGCUAUGGUCACAUGUUCUCUCUGUUCACCCUUCAGAAUUCAGAUCGUCAAAGGUUGCUCGAAAACCUAAUCCCUCAGCAGUGGAGGAUUUACCUUUGAAACCCGAGCCUGCAAACUUAGCCCCUAUAGACAAUAACACUGUAAAAGCAAGUGGUGUGCGAAAGUUCGUUUGCAGGUUCUGCGGGUUAAAAUUUAAUUUGCUUCCAGAUCUCGGCCGUCAUCAUCAAGCUGCUCAUAUGGGGCCAAGUUUAGCCAGUUCUCGGCCUUCAAAGAAAGGUGUACGUUACUAUGCUUAUCAGAUGAAAUCGGGGAGACUUAGUCGCCCAAGAUUUAAAAAAGCUUUGGGUGCGGCAUCUUAUAGGAUCAGAAAUAGGGCUAGCUUGAAAAAGCGUAUCCAGGCGUCGAAAUCACUUAGCUCCAUGGUAACAAAUUUGCAGCCUCAUGUGACAGAAGUAGCCAGAUAUACCAGGUUGGCAGAAUCUGAAUGCUCAAGAAUUGCACAAGUGCUGUUCUCUCAUAUUCAGAAAACUAAAUGUCGGCCAAGCAAUUUGGAUGUUUUAUCUAUUGCUCGCUCUGCUUGCUGCAAAUACAGCAUUAAAGCCUCAUUCGAACAGAUGUAUGGAGUAUUGCCUGAACGCUUUUACUUGAAGGCAGCCAAACUAUGCAGUGAGAACAAUAUUCACGUUAGCUGGCACUUAGAUGAUUUUGUUUGUCCUAAUGGAUGUAAACCAGAGGAAGAUCCCCGUGUGUUGUCUCCAUUGAUCCCUCUUUCAAAGGGUAAUGUCGAUCAUAGUUCUCAACAUUUAGCAGAGCAUCUGGAUGACGAGUGGGAAGUGGAUGAGAGCCACUAUGUCAUUGACUCGCAACAGUUAAAAUCUAGGACACCGCAAAAUGCCAUUGUCUUGUGUGAAGACAUAAGCUUUGGGCGUGAAUCAGUUCCAAUAGCUUGUGUGGUGGAUGAAUGGCUUUUGGAUUCUCUUGAUGUUGUUGGAGCUGAAGGCCAAAAUGCCAUAUGUUCCAUGCCUUGGGAGAGCUUUACUUAUGUUACGAAGCCAUUAGUUGACCAAUCUGCUGCCUUUGAAACAGAGAGUUUGCAAUUUGGGUGUACUUGCAAGAAUUUUUCAUGCAGACAAGAAGCAUGUGAUCAUGUAUACCUUUUUGAUAAUGACAAUGAAGAUGCAAAAGACAUUUAUGGAAGGUCCAUGCGUGGAAGAUUCCCCUAUGAUGAGUUUGGUCGCAUCAUACUGGAGGAGAGCUACCUUGUAUAUGAGUGCAAUCGCAUGUGCCACUGCAGCAAGACUUGUCACAAUAGAGUUUUGCAGAGAGGAGUUCGGCUAAAAUUGGAAGUCUUCAGAACAGAGAAAAAGGGUUGGGCAGUCCGGGCAGGUGAAGCAAUCUCGCGAGGCACAUUUGUAUGCGAGCAUAUUGGGGAAGUUUUAGACGACUUAGAGGCGGAUAAUCGGCGGAAGAGGUAUGAUGGCAAAGAAGGUGGCAGUUAUCUCUUUGACAUUAAUUCCCAUUUUAAGGAUAUGAGCAGAUUAACCGAAGAAGAGGUCAAGUAUGUGAUUGAUGCGACGAAGUAUGGAAAUGUUUCUCGCUUCAUAAAUCACAGCUGUUCGCCUAAUCUAUUGAAUCAUCGAGUUCUCGUGGAAAGCAUGGAAAGCCAUCGUGCACAUAUCGGGUUUUAUGCAAGCCGAGACAUAGCUUCAGGUGAGGAAUUAACCUACGACUAUCGUUAUGAAGUUCUUCCUGGAGAGGGUGCUCCUUGCCACUGUGAAGCAUCCAACUGCCGCGGUCGUCUAUACUGACGUCAUGUUCUCACUGGCAUGACGAAGUUUUGUCUCAGAAAAAUAUGUCUAGCAUCGAAUCCGCACAGUUUGCAGUUUUCAGAUAGGGCCAGGUCGUCAGUUAUUAGGUUGUGCUGGUAUAGUUGUAGACAGUAACUUUUUUCUAUUUCUUUUUCUUCUCUUUGAAUUCGCGAAAGUGAGGACACUCCUUUUUCCUGUCAGGCCAAAUAUAGUUUUCUUCAUAUUUUGACGUCGAUGCCUGUUUUGAAUCAGUAAGAAAGUCGCUUUUUUUCUUGCUCAUUUGACUUCGGCCAUGUCCUUAGAAAUCGACAGUGUUUAGAUGAGAAUGUGGAAGUUACUAUCGUUAUUAUUAUUGGUGUUGUCAA